AUGAGUGAGUGGCUGGGUGAUACGAUGAACACAAUCUUCGGCAGCAAUGAUCGACCGCUCAACGUCCUCGAGAUCGGAUCUGGAACAGGCAUGAUCCUGUUCAAUCUGACUAGCAGGCUGCAAAGCUAUGUGGGUCUUGAUCCGUCCCAGCGAGCUGUGAGCUUUGUCAGACAGACAGCAAGAUCCAUACCCGAUCUGGCCGACAAAGUUCAUGUUUUCAAAGGCACAGCCGCGGACAUUAACCAAAUGGAUCGUUCGAUUGCUCCGAAUAUGGUGGUGAUCAAUUCAGUAGCUCAGUAUUUCCCAAGCCAGGAAUAUCUUCUCAAGGUUGUGGAAGAUCUCCUAAAACGAGACACCAUCACCACGCUGUUUUUUGGAGAUAUACGUUCCUUCGCUCUCUACAAGGAAUUUCGCGUCACCAAAGCUCUCUACGUUGUCGGCGAAGAGCCGACUCCUGAUGACAUACGGCAAAGAAUAGCCGAGAUUGAGCAGAAUGAGUUGGAGUUACUCGUCGAGCCGGCUUUUUUCACUUCGUUACAAGACCGCUUUCCUGACUACGUUGAGCAUGUAGAGAUUCUUCCCAAGAUCAUGCAAGCGACUAACGAGUUGAGCUGUUACCGUUAUGCCGCAGUUGUGCACACUAAGAGGUCCUCUCAAGGGUUGCAACUUAGCAACGUGCAAGAAAUUAACCAUGAACACUGGCAAGAUUUUGUGGCGACUGGACUAAGUGAACAAUCUCUCUUGAAGCUUUUGCAGAAGUCAUCGGAGUCGACCGUUGCUAUUAGCAAUAUUCCGAACCAUAAGACCGUUCUUGAGAGGCACAUCAUCAGGUUCUUAGAAGGUGGGAAAGACAUUCGAACCGAAAACGCUGGUCACUGGCUGUCAGUGGUUCAAAAGCAAGCUGAACAGUCUUCUUCUCUUUCCGCAUUUAGUCUGAGCGAAAUUGCUCAACAGGCUGGAUACAAGGUCGAAAUCAGCUGGGCAAGGCAGUACUCUCACCAUGGCGGAUUCGAUGCCAUUUUCCAUCGGUAUCAGCUACCGCAACCCGGACGGGGCAGAAUCAUGUUCCGUUUUCCUACUGAUCAUCAACACCGGUCUACUCGCCUCUGGUGUAGUCAGCCGUUACAACAGCAGGUCAAACAGGAAAUCAAACAACAACUACAGGAUCAGUUGCAGGCUCAGCUUCCUUCUUACAUGGUCCCUCAAGUCAUCACAAUUCUCGAAAUGAUGCCCGUUAAUGAAAACGGAAAAGUGGAUCGUCGAGCACUCACAACUAACGUACAACGGCGAACCGCAGCCAGGCCAUCACUGCGACAGCCAAGCUCGGAAGCGCAAAGACAGAUGCAGAAUAUCUGGGCACAGGUUUUGAAAUUGGACCCUGUCUCGAUUGGACUCGAUGACAGUUUCUUUCAACUUGGGGGCGACUCGCUUGCAGCGAUGAGAGUUGUAGGCGAAGCUCGAAGGCUUAGACUCAAGAUAACAGUUGCAGACAUAUUCCGACAACCUAGUCUAGAGGCUGCCGCCAACCACGAGGGCACAUCUACCAACGAAGCAGUCAGACAGAUACCGAAAAGUCUCCUCAAUGGCUCGGUUAAGCAAUCAUUUGCUCAAGGACGGCUCUGGUUCGUGGAGCAGCUUUAUCCCGGGCUGACUUGGUACUUAAUGCCUUGCGCCAUGAAACUUCGGGGAUCAAUCCAGCUUGACGCACUUAAAAUUGCGCUUUCCAGCCUUGAGCGGCGGCACGAAACGCUACGAACGACGUUCUCGUCCCAAGACGGCGUUGGCGUGCAAACAGUUCAUUCUUUCAAUCCUACAGAACUACGGGUCGUUGACAUUGAAGACGAGACGGCGCUGGCACAUGCGCUCAAUCGAGACCAGACCACUCCGUUCGAUUUGACGUCCGAGUCCGGAUGGAGGGUCUCCGUGUACCGACUGCUGAACGAACGGAAGACCUUUGUGCUAUCGAUGGUUAUGCAUCACAUAAUCUCUGACGGUUGGUCCGUGGAUGUUCUUCAGAAAGAGUUGGCGAAUUUCUAUGUCAUCGCGCUUCGCAAGCAAGACCCUUUGUCACAGAUAGAGCCCCUCCCCAUCCAAUACCGAGACUACUCUUACUGGAUCGAGCAGCUAGAGACAAGUCAGCCAGCAGAGUUUCUCUGCGACAAGCUUCGUCCACCAACCUUAUCAGGAGACGCUUCCAUUAGCGAGCUCCAAAUUGAGGGCUCUUUAUUGGACCAGCUGAAGAACUUUUGCAAAGCACAUAGCGUAACGCCGUUUACUGUCCUACUUGCAGCUUUUAGAUCCGCGCACUUCCGUUUGACUGGUGCCACGGACGCCAACAUUGGGACUGUCAACGCCAACAGGGAUCGAUGGGAAGUCAAGGAUAUGAUCGGAUUUUUCGUCAAUCUACAAUGUAUUCGCAUGAAGAUUGAACAGGAGUCUUUCCGAGAGCUAGCACUGCAGACUCAGAAAACCGUCGUCUCCUCAUUCGCCAAUCAGGAUGUACCUUUUGAAGACAUUGUCUCUACACUACAAAGGGACAGAGACUUGUCUCGAAAUCCACUGGCGCAGGUCAUCUUUGCUCUACACUCUCAACAAGAUUUAGGGCAGUUCACCUUGGAAGACGUGGACGUUGAGCCGAUAUUGGCACCAUCUACGACGCGGUUUGACAUGGAAUUCCAUGUCUUCCAAGAAGACGCCUCAUUGGGAUGCUCUGUAAUGUUCUCCACAGACUUGUAUGAGUCAGCAACAAUUAGCAACAUGCUGACAGUAUUUCAUCGAGUCCUCGACCAAGGUCUUCGACAACCUGACAUGGAAAUUGCUUCUCUCCCACUGUUAACGAAUGAGAACUACACAAAACUCGUAGAUAUGGGCCUUGUCGAUAUUGUCAGUACAGAAUACCCGCGUGAGACUAGCAUCAUAGACCUGUUCCACCAGCAAGUGUCUCGAUGUCCCGAAAAGACAGCCGUUAAGGAUGCUUCCAGAAAGAUAACAUACGCUGAGUUGGACCAAGAUUCGGACAUUCUCGCCAAUUGGCUCAGGAAGCGUUAUUCUUUCGCCCCCGAAACUCUUAUAGGCGUGUACUCUAACCGCUCGUGUCAGACGGUGACAGCAUUCCUCGGCAUUCUCAAGGCAAACAUGGCCUAUCUUCCGUUCGAUACCAAGACCCCGAGAGCCAGGAUGGAAGGUAUCCUUUCGACGUUACCAGGGAACAAGCUUGUUCUGUUAGGAUCUGAGACACAACCACCCGCGAUUGACCUCAAAGAUGUUGAACUUGUUCCAAUCGCCGAAGCUUUCAAUUGCCGAGUAAAUCUCACCCCCCAUCAUUUGAACGCCACUGGUGCCCCGUCGCCUACCAGUUUGGCCUACGUCAUGUUCACUUCGGGUUCUACUGGUAAACCUAAGGGAGUCAUGAUUGAGCAUCGUGGCAUAGUCCGGCUAGUGAAGCAGAGCAAUAUGGCACAGCAUUUGCCAUCUCCCGUCACUAUGGCUCACUUGACCAAUGUCGCCUUCGAUGUUUCAGCGUGGGAGAUCUAUGGAGCAAUACUGAACGGCGGGACCCUCGUCUGCAAUGAUACUAUGACAGUAUUGGACUCGAGGGCUCUUUCAAACAUUUUCGAGCAAGAGCACAUCCGGACUGCCAUAUUCACUCCCGCUAUACUCAAGUAUUGCAUUGAUGAGUCUCCUAGCACUGUUGCGGUAUUGGAUGCACUUUAUGUAGCUGGUGACCGUGCGGAUUCCCGCGACUUGUUCGUUGCAAGGCGCCUCAUGGAAGGAAAAGCCGUCACAAACGCAUACGGGCCAACAGAGAACUCGGUAAUAAGCACCAUCUAUAGUCUGUGUGAAGGGGAAAACUGUACGAACGGAGUGCCUAUCGGCCGGGCAAUAAGCAACUCAGGCGCAUAUGUCAUGGACAAACACCAGCGCCUAGCACCUCUCGGGGUAAUUGGUGAGCUUGUGGUAACUGGCGAUGGCCUUGCCAGAGGCUACACAGACCCCGAGCGCAAUGUUGACCGGUUUGUCAAUGUGAAGAUCCAGGAUCGGCCGGUACGCGCAUACAGGACUGGAGACUACGUGCGUUACCGACCUAUUGACGGACAAAUUGAGUUUUUUGGUCGGAUCGACGGACAGAUAAAGAUACGAGGACACCGUGUCGAGCUUGGAGAAAUUGAGCACGCUUUACGCAGCCACAACGCCAUUAGCGAUGCAGUCACUGUCCUACAACAUGAAGAGGGUUGCGAGCCUCAGUUGAUCGGAUUCGUAACUGUCCGUGAGAUAUCCGAGUUGACCGAAAACGAAGACGAAGACAACGCAAACGAGCAUGUUGAGGUGUGGGAGGAGCUUUUCGACGCCGAUACAAUUGACAUAGGAGAUAUGAACGAGUGGCUUGACGAGACCAUUGACACAAUCCUGAACGGCCAAGAACCGGGAAAUGUCUUGGAGAUUGGUACUGGUACUGGAAUGAUACUUUUCAAUUUGCUCAAGAGCGACAUGACUGAUGGUCUUGUCAAAUACACAGGAUUGGAGCCAUCUGGAAGAGCGGUAGACUUUGUUGUCAAGACAGUGCAGUCGACGCCUGCAUUCUCAGACAAAGUCGAGGUGUACAAGGGCACCGCAGCGGACGUUACUGGACUGGAGGACGUCUCACCCAACCUCGUCAUCAUUAACUCGGUCGCGCAAUACUUUCCCAGUCAAGAGUACCUGUUUAAGUUGAUCCAGGAUCUUUUGCAGCUCCCAGGGGUCCAAACUCUGUUCUUUGGCGAUAUGCGAUCCUUCGCGAUGCACAAGCAAUUCCUGGCCAGCCUAGCACUACGUAAGGCGGAGACGGCCAGCAGGGAAGAGAUUCGCCGGAUGAUGACGGAGAUGGCACGAACUGAGCUGGAGCUUUUAGUUGACCCAGGUUUCUUCACCGCACUGUCAAGUCGCCUGUCCCAUAUUGUCGAUCACGUGGAGAUUCUGCCGAAGAGGGUGAAGGCAACUAACGAGCUCAGCUCUUAUCGUUAUGCGGCGGCCAUACACGCCAAACGUGAAGACCAAGACCGAUCCCAACAGCGACACGAAACUUACGAUGUCGGCCUACAUGAAUGGUCCGAUUUCAUGAAGCUAGGACUGAACCGCGAUUCCCUCUUACAGCAUCUCCGGACUCCAUCUGAGUCACCAGUGAAGGCGAUCAGCAACAUUCCAUAUAGCAAAACUAUCCUCGAGAGGCAUGUAAUCGAGGCUCUUGACAGCGGAUCGGAUCGCCAUGACUGGAUCUCAGUCGCGCGACAUGCAGCUGGGAAAUGCUCUUCAAUGUCGGCACUCGAUCUGCAGGAGCUGGCCCAAGAAGCCGAUUAUAGGGUCGAGAUCAGCUAG